AUGAGCGUGCCCCACUGUGCUGAUGCCCGUCUGUCCCUUGUGUGCCUGGCAGGAAUUGUGGUCCAAGCACAGGACAACGGGUGGAUGGACGAGAGCGCAGUGGGGGGUGCUGCCCCAUCUGAACCCCCAGCACGGCCAGAACGCAAGGCGGGCGAUGCUGGGAACCUGCGGAGGCCUCCGCACCCCGUGGUGCUGCAGUGGAUCGCGGAGGCUUGGGAUCAAGUCCCCAAGCAGAUCAUCAUCGACGCGUUCCGCCGCCGUGGGAUCUCAAGCAAGCUGGACGGAACGGAGAACCACCUGGUGAUGUCUCACCUGCGCGCUAGGAGCACCACCGACAAUACGCGCCUGCUCGAUCGGGCUCCAGAGGAGGAGGAGGAGGAGGAGGAGGAGGCGAUGCAGGCGGAGGGCGUGCAGGAGGUGGCCGUGGCAACCGGCCUGGAGGUGCUGUACCAGGAGACCCCCAACUACCGUGGAGCGGCGGCCGAGGCUGACCGCAUGAUCGAGCCUAGGGAGACGGCUAGGCAUGCCUGGCGAGUGCCAGACCUGGGUGUAGAGCCAGUUGUUAGUGCAGGUGAGGAGGCAGUGACUGAGGGGGGUUAG